UGGAAAAUUCAUAGGUUGCUUCAGCCACCCUUCUCCUAGCUGGCUACCAGCUGACUACCUGUCAAAACAACGCGUCCACUUUGUAAUCAGAUGCGUUUGGAAACUGUCCGAAAACGCUAAGAGAUUGGCUACAUGUUGUUCUUAUUCGUCCUGAUUUAGCUAGUUGUCUGGGCAUGACCGUAGGUUUUUUUUUUUAAAAACUUGUGAUGAUUCUUCACAUUUUAAUAUAUAACAACUCGACUUGCGAGCCUUUUUCUAGAAAGAAUGGCAGUGGACAGCGGACAUGGUGACAGCACCGGAGACUGGGAUGGACGCUGGAACCAUGUGAGGAAGUUCUUGGAGAGAUCAGGCCCAUUCACCCAUCCGGACUUUGAGCCAAGCACUGAAUCACUUCAGUUUCUGCUAGAAACGUGCAAGAUUCUUGUUAUUGGAGCUGGCGGACUAGGCUGUGAACUGCUUAAAAAUCUGGCCCUUUCUGGUUUUCGGAAUAUUCAUGUUGUUGACAUGGACACCAUCGAUGUCUCAAACCUGAACCGGCAGUUCUUGUUUAGAGCUAAAGAUGUUGGACGGCCCAAGGCAGAUGUGGCAGCCGACUUCGUCAACAGCCGUAUACCAGGAUGCAGUGUGGUUCCACACUUUAAGAAAAUCCAAGACUUCGACGAGACAUUUUAUAAACAGUUUCAUAUCAUUGUUUGUGGACUGGAUUCCAUCGUUGCUAGGAGAUGGAUGAAUGGAAUGCUGAUGUCGCUGCUAUCUUUCGAUGAUGGUGUUUUGGAUCCAAGUUCCAUUAUACCCCUUAUUGAUGGGGGGACGGAGGGCUUCAAGGGGAAUGCUCGUGUCAUUCUCCCCGGCAUGACAGCCUGCAUAGACUGCACCCUGGAACUUUACCCGCCCCAGAUUAAUUUCCCAAUGUGCACUAUUGCCUCUAUGCCCCGACUACCUGAACACUGCAUUGAGUAUGUUAGGAUCCUUCUAUGGCCCAAAGAAGAGCCCUUUGGGGACGGAACAGCCCUUGAUGGAGAUAACCCAGAACAUAUUCAGUGGGUGUUCCACAAGGCCCAGGAGAGAGCCUCUGAAUUCAGCAUCACUGGAGUCACCUACCGACUCACACAAGGUGUGGUGAAGAGGAUCAUCCCGGCAGUUGCAUCUACAAACGCUGUCAUUGCUGCUGCUUGUGCCAUGGAAGUAUUUAAAAUCGCUUCCAGUGCUUACAUUCCCUUGAAUAACUACCUGGUGUUUAAUGACGUUGAUGGGCUGUAUACCUAUACUUUUGAAGCUGAGCGAAAGGAGAACUGCCCAGCUUGUAGCCAGAUCGCUCAGGACCUGCGCUUUCCACCUUCAGCCAAACUCCAGGAGGUCCUUGAGUAUCUGACUGAGAACGCCUCCCUACAAAUGAAAUCUCCCGCUAUUACAGCAACACUGGAAGGAAAAAACAAAACGCUUUACUUACAGACCGUGGCCUCCAUCGAACAAAGAACGAGACCAAAUCUCAGCAAAACGUUAAAAGAGCUGGGAUUGGUCGACGGACAGGAAUUGGCAGUCGCUGAUGUCACCACUCCACAGACGGUCCUCUUCAAGCUUCGUUUCACCACAUGAUGUUUUGGGGCGGCACCCAAAAAGUUCCGCUUAAUGCACAAGCAAGAAGCAGUACUGUAAUCAAUAUUCUCCUCCUACAGAAGAUAGGAAGGACACAGCAAUGAAACUUGAACAUAUUUAAAUAUAUUUAAAUGCAACUGUGUAUAUAUAAAUGAUGCUGUGGCAAGUUCUUCAUUAUAAACCGUUUUGUAUUAGGCCUGGCAUAUUUAACGUUUUACCAGAAGCAUGGGCAACUCGACAAAGACACUGACAUUGAUAUUUCACUUUGAAACAAUUUGCAGUCUGGUCUCACAUUAGACUUGAGAUGAUUUUCUAUGCACUGAAAGAGCAUAAGUAAAGAAUUUGGUGUGUAAUGUAUGUAAGACCUGCCUUCAGCAGUGUACCUGCUACAGGUCAGGUGUUAAGCAGUGUGUGAAAAUGGUCACUUUGCUUGUAGCUGACAUUUACCUGUAAUUGGUACCCUUGGCUUUCCAAAAUUGUUCAGCUUAAUUCUUUGUGUCUGUACUGGAACAUGUAAAUAGUUUACUGAGGCACUUGUGGAUGCAAGAUGUACUUAAAUUAAACUUUCUGGUUAAACUUUA